GUCUGUAAUAAAUCAUGUACACUGUCCCGGUUGUUCGCCAUGCAUUAGCACCGGCUCUUAAACGGCUUUUUAUGCAAAUUAUUAGACGUCGGAGGAGGGAGGGAGGGCCCGGGGCAGGGCCAGCGGAAUGCUACGUGUCUUGAGAGUGCCUUUUAAACCUCCAUUAGCCUCCUCCGUUUAACUUUGCCCGAAGUUUGGUGGCUCGAACUUCGAAGGUUCCAGGUCCGCGCGCGUGAAGUUCCCUGCGCCUCGGAGGAGUCGACGCCUGUCCGAAAUGUCCGGAUUGAAAAAGCUUCGCACGGAUCUCAACAGGUCAACCAACGUGGUGUACCAAGCUCACCAUGUCAGCCGGAGCAAGAGAGGACAAGUUGUGGGCACCAGGGGGGGCUUCAGGGGGUGCACCAUCUGGCUAACCGGUUUGUCUGGUGCUGGGAAGACCACCAUCAGUUUCGCUUUAGAGGAGUAUCUGGUGUCCCACGCCAUCCCUUGCUACUCGCUGGAUGGAGACAACAUUCGCCACGGCCUGAACAAGAAUCUGGGCUUCUCAGCGGAGGACCGUGAGGAGAACAUCCGGCGGGUUGCCGAGGUGGCCAAACUGUUCGCAGACGCCGGCCUAGUGUGCAUCACCAGCUUCAUCUCUCCCUUUACCAAGGACCGGGAUGAGGCGAGGAAAAUCCACGCCGGUGCGGGGCUCCCGUUUUUUGAAGUCUUCAUCCACGCUCCUCUGGAAGUGUGCGAGAGCAGGGACGUGAAGGGACUGUACAAAAAGGCUCGGGCCGGAGAGAUUAAAGGUCUGUUUGGCAAUGCUGUGGAUGGUUUCACUGGAAUCGACUCAGAUUACGAGCGUCCCGAGGCACCGGAGCUUGUUCUGAAAACCGGAGAGUUAUCCGUGAAUGAGUGUCUGCACCUAGUGCUGGAGCUGCUCAGGGAUCAGAAUAUUGUGCCAGGUGAGAUCUUGGAGGAGGUGAAUGAACUGUUUGUUCCGGAAAACAAGCUAAAUUUGGCACUGGCUGAUGCGAACACCCUGCCCACUAUCAGCAUUACCAAGUUGGAUCUGCAGUGGGUGCAGGUUCUGGCUGAGGGCUGGGCCAGUCCUCUGAAGGGCUUCAUGAGAGAAAGAGAGUUCCUCCAGGUCUUACACUUUGGAAACCUGCUGGAUGGUGGGGCCAUCAACAUGUCGGUGCCCAUUGUGCUGCCAGUUAGCACAGAGACUAAACAAAAGCUGGAUGGCUAUGCAGCUAUAGCUCUGGAGUACCAGGGUUCACGGGUAGCCAUUCUCAGGAACCCAGAGUUCUACGCACACCGUAAAGAGGAGCGCUGCGCCAGACAGUGGGGCACCACCUGUCCUCAGCACCCCUACAUUAAGAUGGUUAUGGAGGGUGGUGAUUGGCUGGUUGGUGGUGACCUGGAGGUGCUGGAGCGAAUCAAAUGGAACGAUGGACUUGACCAGUACCGCCUCACUCCACAGGAGCUCAAGCAAAAGUUCAAAGAUAUGCAAGCAGAUGCGAUAUUCGCAUUCCAGCUGCGUAAUCCAGUCCACAAUGGCCACGCCCUUCUUAUGCAGGACACCAAGCGGCGUCUGCUGGAGCGGGGAUACAAAAAUCCAGUCCUCCUGCUUCACCCGCUUGGCGGGUGGACUAAAGACGACGACGUUCCUCUCGAAUGGAGGAUGAAGCAGCAUGCUGCUGUCUUAGAGGAAGGUAUUUUGGAUCCAGCCAACACCAUUGUUGCCAUUUUCCCAUCCCCUAUGAUGUAUGCUGGACCCACAGAGGUUCAGUGGCACUGCCGAGCCAGAAUGAUUGCCGGAGCAAACUUUUACAUCGUUGGCCGGGACCCUGCAGGCAUGCCUCAUCCAGAGACAAAGCAGGACUUGUACGAACCCACCCAUGGAGGAAAGGUCCUCACCAUGGCCCCAGGGCUCACCUCUGUGGAAAUCAUCCCCUUCAGGGUCGCUGCUUACAACAAGACGAAGAAGGCUAUGGACUUUUACAGCCCAGAGUGUCAUUCUGAGUUUGAGUUCAUCUCUGGAACCAGGAUGAGAAACUUGGCUCGGAACGGAGAGAACCCUCCCGAUGGGUUUAUGGCCCCAAAGGCCUGGAAGGUGUUGGUGGAGUACUACACUUCUAUUCAGAAGAACAAGUGACCAACAAAAAGCUCACCUGCCAACUGAACAUUAUGAAAUAAUCAUGUUGGUUGUACAAGGGGGAGGAAGUAUAGAUUUUUGUCAACUUUCCGAGUAUUUUAGAUUGAAUAGACUUUGAUUUCUACUUAUAAAGAGGUCUUAGCGGGGGUGGAGGUUUUGGCUUUUGAUAAGAUUGAAGGUCUAAAGCUGAAAAGCAUUUUUACAUUCCUAUAAAGCAAUACGAAUCCAUUAUAUGUUUACAUACAUAUUAACUUAAAACAAUUAUGUAUUUUAGUAAUUUAAAGUUCACAUUAAAUCCUUUGCUUAUUUCUACAAGUGUAGGAGCGGGAAACCAUGUUUGAUAUUUAUAUGUGAAAUCUGAAGGUUACCGAAUGGAAAUAAAAACCGUAGAUUCUACUUUUAUACCAUUGUAACAUGACAGUGGUCCUGCUGUCUGUCAUGUUAUUUACAUGGUCUGAAUGAAAGUUAUUUUAUAGUUUUAUCAUACAGUGCCUACUUGUUUGAAACGUGUGGCUGUUUUUUUAAAAUGUGAAAGUGCCUCUCUUCAUUGUCAUUCUAGAACUGAGGAUGUGGUCUCUUACUGAUGUUUAACUGCCAUGUCUCUGAAAUGAGUGUGUGGGCCUGUGCAUUAUUUUAGUAGAAAGCUGUCAGUUCUAGAAUUAUCAAAAUUGUAUACUGCAGUAAUAAAGGAAAUCCUUUGUCACUUUGAAUCAUUGGUGACACCUUGAGACUGUUGCUAGUGUGUGCUUUAACCUUUUGUCCAUGUGCUCCAGAUGAUGCAACAUAACUGGAAUAAGUAGCUGUCUGUGUAAGGUUCACACUAGGUUUGAGAUUGAAGGUGGACUGGACUGUGUGCUUGUUUGGAGCCUAAAGACAAAAGUACAAUGCUGCCAUCUGCUGGCCAGGCACGAAAUGAAGACUAGAAAAGCAACUGGAAAGAGCAGUGUCACUUGGGUUUGUGAAUAUUAACAACACAAUAUUAACAACUCCAACCAUUAAAACAAUACUCUGCAACAGUUAUGUUUUCAUGUAUGUCAACCCUCAUAUGUUUGAAACCUCCAGAGGUUUAAGUGAUGUCACCACAGUAAUCAAUGAUGAUUUACCAUUUAAAAAAACAAAAACACAUAGAGCACAGAUCUAUUGAAAAACCUUGGUUUUGUGUAAAUAUCUAUCUUGACUGUUAGAUUAUGUGCAUGGAAUAGAUGAUAUAUAUAAAUCAGCAUUUAGAUGGUUGAGAUAACUUUAAGGAUUUUGAGGAAUGUUUGCCAUUCAUUAUCAUACUGGUAAGCUAAAUGCAGUGAGAUGAGUGUGUAUCUAUUAGAAAAAGUAGGAAAUCCUGUAAGAAACUGAUUCCCAAUUAGACUUGCAUAGGAGAUGAUUUAUUCUGCGAUGUUCCAGGUAACCCCUUGUAAAUCUGCUGAACUGCACCCCUCAGAGCUGUGAAGAAUCUCCACGCAGUCAACAUCCAACAUGUCAUGUCAUGCUUACAUAUUUCUGGUCAUCAUCAUUUCUAUAGAACAUACACUUCUCAAGUGUGAUGUGUAAAAAGGACGUCAUGUUUUACCUCACCUCAUGUGUUUAGUGGGGACAAUUUGUGUCCUUUUUUCUCUUUAUUGAUGAACGAUAAUUCGUUUUAAGACUGACUUAUGUAGGGUUACCCCAGAUGUAUGGUUGAGAAUGUAAUUGAUCUCUACAUCCAUCAGAAAUGCAAAUCUUGUUACAUUUGAAAUAUCUCUAUUGCUAUACAUCAUGUAGGGCGAUAGGAUACAUUUAUGCAAUUAAGACUGUUUGAUAAUAUUGGGCAAACUUAUUACAAUAAAUAGUUACUCUGACGA